CAGCAGCAGUUAUACACGCAGCUGCCCAACCUGGCCGCCGCAAGAUUGUUGAGCAAAUAUUAUUUUCCUUCUGUAUGACACUGGUGCGAUUUAAAACAUUAUUAUAUUCGUUUUAUACGUUGGAUUCUUGGGAGGAUAAACGAAACGUGUGACGUAGAAGAACCAUAGUAGAAAGUGUUUACGGUAUUGGAGACACGGGUUCUCUGGACGUUCAUGAGGUGGACUUCGCCGCAUUUGGUGGGCUGCUCCUAGCUUGGAAAAUCCCACCAUAUAUCCCUGACAUUCAUUCCAAACUCAACCUGUACGCUGAACUGUCACCGACGUUGAUACAUUAUAAAGGAAAAGCAUGGAAUAAAGCCUGACAUCGAAGGAGUCCUGAAGAAAAGUAGUUUUUUUUUCUGGUGAAAAGUAGUCCACUGCUUGUUUUAAAUAACCUAUUAAUUAUUAAGUAGCCUAGGAGAGGCAUAGCCUACUCUUACAACUCAUCACAAGAUGUCUGUUCCGGUGUUCUGUAGAAUGUUUGACUGCCUGCAGAGGGCAUCAUCAGAGAACGUUCUGGCCAAGGCCCUGUACGACAAUGUGGCCGAGUCCCCAGAUGAGCUGUCCUUCCGGAAGGGUGAUAUCAUGACGGUAUUAGAGCGGGACACCCAGGGUCUGGACGGCUGGUGGCUCUGCUCUCUGCAUGGACGCCAGGGCAUCGUCCCCGGCAACCGCCUCAAGAUCCUGGUGGGCAUGUAUGACAAGGCGGGCCAGCAGCAGCAGCCUCCACCCCUCCAGGCCUCCCAGGCUGGCUCUGCCCAGACCCAGAGCCCGAGCCAGCUGGCCUUCCCCCCGCAGAGUGCCUACACUAAGCCCUCCCCCUCCUCCCAGUACACAGCCAUGCACCCUGCCUUCUCCAACCCUGGGCCUGUCCCCGCCCUACCCGACAGCAUCUACAUGAUGCCCCCCAACCAUGGCAAGCCCUCCCCUUCAAGCCUGUACCAGAUACCCACGGGCCCCCAAGCCCCACCCAAGGCCCCCAUGCUCGCCCAGAAGCAGUACCACGCCCCUGUUCAGGACAUCUACCAGGUGCCUCCCUCCAUGGGGCCAGCUCCUGUCCAGGACAUCUACCAGGUGCCCCCUUCAGCAAGAGGGCCUGUUCCUGGGCAGGAUAUCUACCAGGUUCCCCCCUCACUGAACCAGACUCAGAUCCCCCCCUCCAUAGAAAAGAGGAGCUGGGACUCUAAACCUCUAGGAAAGGUGGUGGUGCCGACGCGGGUGGGCCAGGUGUAUGUGUAUGACACGGGAAAGUCGGAGCAGGAUGAGUAUGACGUCCCUCCCAGACACAUGCCUCCCUCCCAGCAGUCACAGGAUAUCUAUGACGUUCCCCCAACCCGCGCCCAGUACAGCCAACAGGUGUAUGACACGCCCCCAAUGGCGGUGAAAGGCCCCCCCAGUGGUCAAGACAUCUAUGACACGCCCCCCAGUGUGGACAAGAGCCAACUGCUCUCUCAGCAAACGGUGUACGACUUCCCCCCCUCCGUCAGUAAGGAUGUUCCAGACACUCCUAUCAGGGAGGAGACCUAUGACGUGCCCCCCCACUUUGCCAAGCUGAAGAGUCUGGAGAGCCAGAACCAGGGCUAUCUGAUCCCUGGGGGGCCUGAGCCCCCCAUCCCUGAAGAUGUGUACAAUAUCCCUCCCCCUCCCCUCACCGGAAAGCACCACCCAGAUGCCCCCCUGGGUCAGGAGAUCUACGACAUCCCCGCCAGUCUGAGGAAGGGUGGACCCCAUGACCCCCAGGAUGUGUACGAUUUCCCCCGCGAGCGGCCUGCAGGCGAGGACUCCAUCUAUGACAUCCCCCCUCAGGUGGUGCGAGAUGCGGGCGCCACAGAGGAGCUGACGGUCAGCUUCAAACGCCUGUCUGCCUCCAGUACGGGCAGCACCCGCAGCAACCUGUCCACCUCCUCUCUGGACAUGGUGCCAGUCAGGGAGUUGGCGGUGCCCGGCCAGGCCGGCCCGGGGAAGCUGUUGAUCCUGGAUCUAGAUCAGGCCAUGGAGCGCCUCUCCCGCCUGCAGCAGGGGGUGGAGGGCUCCGUCUCCCUCCUCAUGUCCUUCAUUAGUGGGAACUGGCGCAGCCCCACCCAGAUGGAGGCCAACCUGCCAGCCAUCAGGCAGGCGGUGGACAGGAUGAGGGUGGCUGUCAGGGACCUGCUGGAGUUUGCCAGGGGGGCUGUGGCCAAUUCUGCCCAGGCCACUGACCGCACAUUACAGGCCAAGCUAGGCAAGCAGGUGCAGAAGAUGGAGGAGGCCUUCCAGGGCCUUGUCAAGUCCAGCCAGGCUCUGGAUGCUGUGGCCUGGGCCCCUUCUGCCCUGAUGACGCCCUCAGCAGGCAGCAGUGGGGAUGACCUGGACCGGCUGGUCAUGUGUGCCCGGGGUGUGCCUGACGACACCAAACAGCUGGCCUCCUUUCUCCAUGGCAACGCCUCACUGCUCUUCAAAAGGACAAACAAGCAGCAGCAGCUUCCUCUGCCCCCCGUCCCCCACACUGCUGACCUCAUGGGUCAGAUGACCAACAACAACAUCUCAGCCUAUCAGAUGGGAGACGGGAGAGCCAACAUCCAGUCCCGUCCCCUGCCGUCCCCGCCCAAGCUCACAGCCGAGGAGGAGACCCGUGACCGGCCGUACGAGACCACCGAGGAGGGCUGGAUGGAGGACUAUGACUAUGUGCAUUUACAGGGUAAGGAGGAGUUUGAGAAGAAUCAGAGGCAAUUAUUAGAGAAAGGGACCAGACACAACAAAACCACACUGGAACAGCAGCAGCAGCUGAAACAGUUUGAGCGACUGGAGCAGGAAGUCAGCCGGCCAAUCAACAACGAUAUCUCAGGCUGGACUCCGCCUCCCCACUACCCAACGGCCCAGCGGAGCAAGCUGAGCAUGGGCGACCGGCAGCUGCUGCUCUUCUACUCAGAGCAGUGUGAGUCCAACGUCACCACCCUCACCAACGCCAUCGACGCCUUCUACUCCUCCAUCAACAACAACCAGCCGCCCAAGAUCUUUGUGGCUCACAGCAAGUUUGUCAUCCUCAGCGCACACAAGCUGGUGUUCAUCGGGGACACGCUCUCGCGACAGGCCAAGUCCCCAGAGGUGCGGGCGCAUGUGGCCCAGCACAGUAACACGCUGUGUGACAAACUCAAGGACAUCGUGGUGAGCACCAAGACUGCAGCGCUGCAGUACCCGUCCCCCGGUGCAGCGCGAGACAUGACGGAGAGGGUGCGGGAGCUGGCCGGCUGCACACAGCAGUUCCGCAUGGCUCUGGGCCAGCUGGUGGCCAUGUGAACCUCCUGUCCUGAGACACUGAUAUGGGGAGUCCACACUGGGACACACAUCACCCACCCACCCAGUGGGCCACUGUCACAGACACAUGGGCCCUUCAUCCUCCUCUUGUGCUUUUCAUUUAAAAAAAGGACAAUUAUCUGACUGGGCUGGGCCAUUGGUUGUAAAUUAAUCAUUGUAAAUAUUUAAGUUACUAUUAGCCAGAAAAAAAGUCAAAGAAAAUGAACUUCCACUACAUAUAUAUAUAUGUUUUUUGAGACCUUAUGGAAAACAUGAUGUAGUUUUUAGACAAUGGCCAUUAUUAUUAUUCCUAUACUGUAAUUAUUGCUCUGCUUAUUAUAAUUGUUAUCAUUAUUGUUAUAAUGCGUUGAUUAAGGAUGUUUACAUUUCAAACACAAUGUAUGUAGUACUUAAUGCUGUUUUUCAUCCCAGAUGAUCAAAUAUGGUGGAUUUUGUAAAAGUAAUGUACUUGUCAGGUGAGCUGUAGGAUAUGUUGACAGAAAAUGAAUAGCUUUCCUUGGAGCUGUCAAAGGAGGCUGGGGAUCGUGUUGUGAGUGUAAGGCAUUCUGGGUAGGGGCUGGGAGGGAGAGGUUUCCUUGACAGUUAAUAACAUUCUCAGAUAUACUGCUGUCAUGGGACAGGAUUCAUUUUAGUAGUUCUACAUGGUAAUUAAAAUGCCCCAAUUAGAAGACUGUCUUAUAAUACCAUCUCUUCCUUUGAGAUAGAAGUAAGAAUGAAAAGAACAAACCUGAUUUGGAGGUAAAAAAUCUGAGGUUAAAAGAAAUAUGAAUUGAUGUAUUUUUUUCAGCAUUACAACUUCCCUUGUUCUUCAAAAGCACAAAGCUUUAUCCGUCUGUCUGCUGCUCCUAGAGUGCUUGUUGUAUCCACCACACUCUCCCAGACUCUCUCAUAGUCCUGCAUGCUCUCUGUGAUCUAAAAAGGGUUGGUUUGGACUCCUCUGUGGCGCCACUGUUCUAGAAGUCACUCACCUCAUACAGGAAUAACUCUGCUUUCCCUCCCCCUAGCACUUCCUGGACAGCACACUGCACCCUGCAGGCCAGGGAAACCCGCUAAGGGGGUAAAGGUGUGAGAAGUGCAUUUGUUUCAUUAGCAUACACUCAACACCCUUGUAAAUUGAUGAGCAAAUUAGGGAGUGGUUGUUUGUGAGCUACAUCUCUGCAUUUUACCAAAUGUAUGUGUACACACACACACACACACACACACACAAUAUUGAUGGUAAUGUCUGUUUGCAUAACAGUAACCAUUCUUGAUACUUCAAAAAACUUUGGAGCAGCUGUAUCAUAUCCCCACUUCCAAUAGCUGUACCAGAGGGAUGUGAGUUAGCUUGGCCAGCGGGUGUGUUUUACUAGUUCUUGAGUCCUGGAGACAUCUCCACAUGAAGCAGAGGAAUCUGCUAACACUCCAGUUUCCAUUGUCCAGUUUUCUAAAACCUGAUUGGCUGUAUUCUAAGUAUCAGAUUACAUAUUGUACUAUAAAGCACUGCAACAUGUUGUUGUGGAUAUAGUUGAAACCCCUAUCAAGUAAAAAUAAUACAUUGAAAACAAAGCAGACUGGUAUUUGUGGUGAUGUUAUUAUGGUCUCAAAUCUGUGUUUUAAGAUUUGAAAUAUAUAUGUUAAGGACAUUGCAUAACUGGAAAAUAUAUGUUUAAUAUAUUUUCAUUAAAAAAUAAACGUCAAACCUA